AUGGCACAGGGCAAGAACAAGCAAGCUUCACGUGCUCGUAAAGGAGGCAAAAAACGUGUCGGAGAUCCUUUCUCAAAAAAAGAAGUCUUCGAAGUUAAAGCUCCUUCAACCUUCACAGUAAGAAACGUUGGCAAGACUUUUGUAAACAAAACAUCAGGCACCAAAAUUGCUAGUGAUGCUCUUAAAGGCAGAGUUUUCGAAGCCAACCUUGCAGACCUCCAAAACUCAGACGAACUUGCCUACAGAAAAGUCAAGCUUAUUGUUGACGAAGUCCAAGGAAAGCAAUGUCUUACAAAUUUCUAUGGCUUAGAUUUCACCAGAGAUAUGCUGUGUUCCCUUCUUAGAAAAUGGCAGACGCUUAUUGAAGCUCACAUUGACGUUGAAACCAAAGACAACUUCAAAGUUAGAAUGUUUUGCAUUGGCUUUACCGCAAAAAGAGCCAACCAAGUCAAAAAGACCUGCUACGCCAAAACUUCACAAAUUAAACAAAUCAGGAAAACCAUGAUGAACAUCUUAGCUAACGAGGCUCAGUCAAACGAUUUGAAAGGCUUAGUCAAGGUUUUGAUUGGAACUGAUAUUAACAAGAGAAUCGUCAAGGAAUGCUCAACUAUUUUCCCACUACAGAACGUUUACGUCAGAAAAGUCAAGGUGAUCAAGAGGCCAAAGAUCGAUGUAGCUAAACUUAUGGAGCUUUAUAAGGACGCCCCAGAGAUCUCAACUCAGGCAAAGCCAGAAGAGGAAGGAGCCAAGAACGCUCUUACAGCAGAAAUAGCUAAAUAA